UUUACCCACAAAUGUCAUCGACGUCGGGAAUGUGCAAUCUUGUAUUCUAUCAUUCUUGCUUCUUCAGUUUGCUUCACAAAGUCUUUAAUUUUGCUCUCACCGAUAUGCUCAACGGCACUUCUUAGAAAUAAUCUGCAGAAACAAUCAUACAACCGCCCCAACAAAAGUUCCAAAAAGUUAAUUCGUCAGCCAGUUUCUCUCCAUCACUAGAUUUGCACGGCCGGUUAUUCUCUGACAGUGUUUUUUACACUUUUUUUUAAUGAAAUCAAAACUUAAAGGAUAAUUGAAAAAGUUGUAUGAUUUAUACUCCAAAAUAUAUUCGCUCCAAUUUGCCCGCCGGUUUCGAAGAACUGUACACGAAAUGGGUUCAAUAAUAAAAGUUCUACUUGUACUCCUCGUGGUCGUCCUGGCCGUCUUUGUACAUCGGCUUCAUUUAUUGUCAAGUUCAGCGCCGCUGCCUGCAUUAAGUGAUACGGAGUAUUGGGGUCCCGGCAGUGCUGCUAAUUACAAGGAGAAUACCGACAUAAAAA